UUAAUAAUCAUUAAUCCCCCAACCCAAAUCCCAGACUUUUGGUCCAAAAAUCUCUCCUUUUUUUUCAGGUAUGCCAGAGCUAGAGAACCCAAACGUGAUGCCAAAUCUCAUAACGUUUCUGUCUUCUCUUCUUCAAAAAGUGGCUGAAUCCAAUGAUGUAAACCGUGUGUCUCAGGCUCAGAAAAUCUCAUUGUUCCAUGGCCCAAGUGUGCCAACUAUCUCAAUUCAAAACUACCUCGACAGAAUUUACAAGUAUGCAAAUUGUAGCCCCGCUUGUUUCAUCGUUGCAUAUGUUUAUCUCGAUCGGUUUUCCCAAAGGCAACCCUCGUUGCCGAUCAAUUCUUUCAACGUUCAUCGGUUGCUCAUCACGAGAGUGUUGGACGCUGCAAAGUUCAUGGAUGACAUGUUUUACAACAAUGCUUACUAUGCAAAAGUAGGAGGAAUCAAGACAAUAGAAAUGAACUUGUUGGAAGUAGAUUUUCUAUUUGGAUUGAGUUUCCAGUUACAUGUAACCCCCGAUACUUUUCAUGCUUACUAUUCCUACCUGCAAAGAGAGAUGAUAUUGCAACAUCCUCCAAGUGUUGCAGAAUCCAGUUUGAGCCAUGGAAGGUCACUGAAACUCCAGUUAUGUCUCAAUGAAGAAGAUUCAUCCCAUCAAAAGCAACAAUCAGCUGUUUAAGGUCUUUUACUUUGAUAUGUUAGAUCUGAAUGUAGGUAGAUACACCAAAGAUAAUGAUAGUGACUUCACUAUUCUGUG